CAAAUGCUGCUACCACAAGACAACAAACAACAACAACAAAAAAGAAAAAAAUAGAGGGAGAAAACUGUCGUAGGUGCAACAUGGCUGAAACAACUCAGCGGCUACUGAACGAUUCGAACUCGCCACCACCGAGAUCUCUCGACGAAACCAUCGAGAGAUACAUAGGAAGCUUUGGGUGGGCUCAGUUUCUUCAAGCGGCUUUAGUCUCAUUCUCCGGCGUCUUCGACGCGCAACAAACUUUCAUCUCUGUCUUCACAGACUCGGAACCCACGUGGCACUGCACCGACUCGAACUCGAUCUGCCACGAAGCCAUCUCCAACAUCUGUAUCCUCCCCAAAACCGCAUGGUCUUGGGAUUUCCCUCGUCACGUCUCUGUUAUAUCCGAAUGGAAUCUCCAAUGCGCCGGCUCGUUCGUCAAAGGCUUACCGGAGAGUUCUUUCUUCGUCGGAUGUUUAAUCGGAGGUUUGGUUCUCUCAACACUUGCUGAUUCUUCCUUGGGUCGUAAAAGCAUGCUGUUUCUGUCGUGUCUCGUGAUGGCGAUAUCAACGAUGCUAACGGUUUUCUCACCCAACAUUUGGGUUUACGCUGUUCUUCGAUUCGUUAACGGGUUUGGUCGGGCGACGAUAGGGACGUGUGCGCUUGUUCUUUCGACUGAAUUGGUUGGGAAGAAAUGGCGAGGACGAGUCGGAAUCAUGAGCUUUUUCGGAUUCAUGCUUGGUUUCUUGUCUCUUCCGUUGAUGGCUUACAUAAACAGAGGAAGCUCGUGGAGGAUCCUCUACAUAUGGACGUCUGUUCCGACAAUAGUCUACUGCGUUCUUGUUCGGUUUUUUGUAUGUGAGUCUCCAAGGUGGCUCUUCGUUAGAGGUCGUAGAGAAGAAGCUAUUUCGAUUCUCAAAAGGGUUGCUUCGAUUCCGUCGUCUACUGAUGUAAACAUUGGUGGUGCAAUAUCCAUGAGCUUUUCGAGCUUACCAUUCGAAGAGGAGGAGGAGGAGAAGCCUAGUAAUGUUAGCAUCUUCACGACCAUGAAGGUGUUGGUGGAGAAGAGAUGGGCGCUUAAGAGACUAUCCGCGGUAAUGGCCAUUGCGUUCGGUAUUGGUUUGGUCUAUUACGGGAUGCCUUUAGCGUUAUCAAAUCUCGAUUUCAACAUCUAUUUAAGUGCCGCGUUUAAUGCGUUGAUGGAUUUACCGGCGAACCUCAUCACGCUUUUCCUCGUCGAUAAACUCAGCAGGAGAAACGCGCUUAUCGGAUUUACGGCGUUAGGAGGGAUCUCUAGCGUUCUCAUAUUUGCGUUACAGAAUAUGAGAAUCAGGAACCACGGGGCGUUACAAUUGGCAUUAGAGCUAAUUUCUUACUUUAGCGCGUGUUCGGCUUUUAACAUGGAGAUGAUCUACACAAUCGAGUUGUUUCCGACGUGUGUGAGAAACUCAGCUAUUGCAAUGGCUAGGCAGGCGUUGGUGCUUGGAGGGGUUUUCAGCCCUAUCAUGGUAGCGGCUGGUCGGAAAAACGGGGUUUGGUCGUUUGGAUUGUUCGGUCUUGCUAUAGGUUUUAUGGGGUUGUUUGCGGUGGGAUUGCCAGAGACUAGAGGGAGUGUUCUAUGCGACACUAUGGACGAGGAAGAGUGCAAAGAUCAGCGGAGCAAAAACGAUAUCACCGAUAGGGUGAUUGUUGCAUGAUAUGAUAUGUAAACUUAUUAUAUUAAUGUAGAAUCAAAUAUUAAUCACGUGAUUAUCAAUUUUGUUUAUCUAA